GGGCGCCCUCUUCAAAGAGACGGGAGAAACCAGAAUAUUUUGCAGGGUAUUUAGAGAAAAACUGAGGACCUCCAUCUUCUUUGAUGUGCUUCUCACCAAAUGCAGACGUUUUUUUUUUCUGGUAACUCUGCUGGUUUCUUCCACUCAGGAAAGACAGGCAGGUUCCUGAUGCUGCUCUGCUACACCAGUGUGACAUUCCUGUGUCUCCAGUGUGGAAUGCAGAUCCCCUUCUCCUAUAUACCGAAAGACAUAAGCGGUAUUUGGGAGACCGUCCUCUAUCAUCUUGGCAUUGUGAGGUUCAGUGAUGUUGAUCCUGGAAAUAUUGUGCGGCUGUUAGCGCCAGACUUUGGCCUCUUGGUGUCUGGACUAUUCAUCUGGCGCAUGUGUAGACGGGUUCUGCGGCAGCCAGUGGUUCUGAGUGUCCAUGAAAACUGCAUCAUGCCCUCUGACCCUGAGACGGACGUGGAGUCCACUGAAUCUGAGACGGAGGAGGAUGAGAGUGAGGUGGGCUCCACGUGGGACAGCUCGGACGAGAGCAGAGACCAGGUAGCGUCCGCCCCCCCUGCGUUCGUGCAGAAACUGAUGGUCUUUGCCGCCGGGCUGAGGUUGCUGCUGUCCACGGUCAUGAACACGGCAGGAAAGGUGGUGGUGACAAUCCAGCUGGCAAUGGCAGGUAUUGCACUGCCCUCUCUGACAUCCACGGUAUAUUUUGGGACGUUUCUGACCCUGGUGUGGCUGUGGGCGUACGGCCGCCCACUCUCCCUGCUGGUGUUCAGUAGCCUCUGUGUGAUGAUGACCAUAUUCAGCGCUGGCCACAUCAUGAGCCUCUACCUUUACCAGUUGCCUUUGCCCCAAGAGUGGGUGGCUCCUCAGGACACCUAUGCCAGACUGUUUGGCAUGACGGCGUUCAUUCGGACCAAUGGAUCAGACCCACACAGCCUCCUGCUGCAGCCGGAUUUCUCAUGGCCAGUAGUCAUCAACGCUCUGGUCCUCCUGAUGCUCUACUACACCCUCGUGGCCCUGCUGCACAAGUGGGUCCACAUUGAUGCAGAGGACGCUGAAGAAGCUGACCAGUCUGCUAUGUGUGAGGUUCCUCCUAGUUUCUCAGAGGCUGUGUUACCAUCGCCUAUCAAACCAGAGGUAGUUAAUAUGGUGAUGCUCAACAGCUGGGAGAAGAACAGCAUCCCUUCACAGGACUCUCUGGUCUCAGACACCAUGUACCCAGAGUGCUUUGUACUUCCUGUGUAUCGACUGCAAGAAUAUCCAAGCUAUGGGUCAGAGGAGGUCAAGACGGAGGGAACAGAGGGGACUGAUGAAGAGAAUGAUGACGACUUAUUCAGUGUCUCCGAGGCAACAGCUCCAGCUGCUUCACCCAGUGGACUUGCUCUCUUUGGGAUCUUCAUCAUGAAACAGAGUUAUGUCAGCGCCCUCAUCAUCAUGAUGGUAUGGAGCAUCACCUACACCUCCUGGCUGGGGUUUGCCCUGCUGGUAUGGUCCUGUGUGAUCUGGAUGAUGAGGGACCGCCGCUACUACGCCAUGCUCAGUGCACCUUUCCUGGCUGUCUAUGGCACCACGCUUCUUGUGGCCAGCUUCAUCAGUGGCUUUAGGUUGAAGAGAGAAGAGCUUUUCCCCAGGGUGCCCAAAGCAGUGCUUAUUGACUUUGAUCUCUAUGGUUACGAGGCUCCGUGUGUUCACCUGAGUGUAAAGGUGAUGUAUACCUUCAGCUUCUGGUUGCUGCUGCGUCAACAGCUAAGGGAAAAAGAGGAAGACAGCAAGCUGAAGCAUAAAAGUGUGGAUGCUGAUGAGGGUCAAUCCUCUGGACUGGUGUCCAUUCUAGGAGGACUUGUGAAAGGAACGCUGGUCAAAUACUGGAUCUUCCUCUGCUGCUCAAUGUUCUUUGUGGUCAGUUUCUCUGGAAAGGUGGCCGUGUACAAGAUCCUCUAUAUUGGCCUCUUCCUUUUCUGCGUGGUACUUUAUCAGGUGCGCUACGAUUUGUGGAGGCGCGUACUGAAAUACUUCUGGGCAGUGGUGGUGGGCUACUCCAUGUUCGUGCUGAUCCUGAUCUACAUGUACCAGUUUAAGACCGUGUCUGGACUCUUCAGACAGGUCAUGGGAAUGUCAGAAGAGGGGCUGCGUGACCUGGGUCUGGAGCAGUACGACACCGUGGAGCUGUUUGCACGCAUCCUGCUGCCAGCCGUCUUCCUACUGGCCUGCAUCCUGCAGCUGCACUACUUCAACUCUGAUUUCCUCGCUCUCACUGACCUGGAGAACAUCUCUGUCCAGGAUAAAUCCGCCAGUGAGGAGGAACUGAGAGAGAAAGUGACGGUGAUUUCUGACACUUACACAUUAAAUAUUUUAUUAUUUUUAUUUUUUCAAAAAUUCAGGAUCAAGGAUAUUCUUGAAAACCUCCAACAGCGACUCAAAAAAGAACAAACAAGUGGAGGGAGUAAUGCCACCCUGGAUAAGGACAUGCUCUCCUCUACAGAGAAUAUAGAAGAGGAGACAGAUGAAGAAGAAGAGAUGCCUGUGAACACAUGGCUGUUGGUUGUGGAUCAUGCCAGUGUGCUCACCCUGCAGGCGAUUUAUCUCCUGCGUAAGACACAGGCCCUCUGCUGGCGGCUGCUGGAACUGCACAGCCUUAAACUCCUCUCCACUGGGAUCAUCUGGGUUAGCUUGCAGGAGGUGUCCUUGAUGAACUUUGUGUUCCUGGUGUUCUGGACACUCGCCCUGCCCUUUCCCCAGCUCCGGCAGCUGGCCUCCAGUGUGUCGUCCGUGUGGGCGUGCGUGAUGGUGGUGUGCAAGAUGAUGUAUCAGCUCAAAGUCAUCAAACCGCUGGAGUACUCCUCCAACUGCACCUCUGGGCUGGUAUCGGUUAAUGGCAGCUGGUCUGUCCCUAACUUGGAAGAGCUGCUGACCAAAUCCAUUUUGUAUGUGGAACCUGUGGACCCCGCUAUAUGGUGUGGGGCUCUACACAAGUGUGGAGAUCGUAUUCUGCCUUGUCUUCAGAACCACUUGCUGGUGCUGGGUUUGCUUGUGUUUGAUGUGACCAUCCACCGGCAUCAGCUUCACUACCGUCUCUCUAACGACCUAAAAGUCCCACCGGCAGGCACCAUCUUCCAGGGUAUCACUCGGCAGCACCUAGACCACGGCCUUCUACCCUGUCUGAAGUACUUUAUCAACUACUUCUUCUACAAGUUUGGCCUUGAGGUGUGUUUUGUGGUUGCUGUGAAUGUGAUCGGCCAAAGAAUGGACUUUUUUGCUCUGCUGCACUCGUUUGCUCUAAUACUGGUCCUGUCUCACCGAAGAAGGAAAUCUAUAGGAGAGGUGUGGCCUAAAUAUUGCUGCUUCACUGCCAGCCUCAUGAUACUGCAGUAUCUUCUGUGUGUGGGAUUCCCACCAGCGUUUUGCUUUGACUACCCUUGGAGGACAUCUGCAGGUGCUCUCACCUCCAACCUGAUCAAGUGGCUCUACCUUCCUGACUAUGCCAUGCAACCUGAUCCUGCCUUCAUCCUCUAUGACUACCUCCUCUUGCUGGUGGCCUCUCUGCAGUGGCAGGUGUUUGAGGAGGAGAACCGGGCUGCCGUGCGUCUGCUCGCUGGAGAGAACGUGGAGAUCAGCCGCACCCUGGACUCCUGCAGCCUCAACCAAUACACGCCCGUCAGCAACUUCCUCCAUUGCAGAUCUUACCUGGAUAUGGUGAAAGUGUUUGUGUUCAGCUACUUCUUCUGGCUGGUGCUGUGUCUCAUCUUCAUCACGGGGACAACACGGAUAAACGUGUUCUGUUUGGGCUACCUGCUGGCCUGCUUCUACUUCAUGCUGUUUGGAGGUUCCCUGUUGAUGCAGCCGGUCUGCUAUGUGCUUCGCCUGUGGGACUGGCUCAUUGCUUACACAUGCGUGGUCAUCUGCCUCAAGAACCUGCUGUCUCUCGGCUCUUGUGUGUACCUUGGCAGCCUGCUGAAAAAUGGCUGCUGGCUGAUCCAGGCCUUUAGCAUGUUUUGCACCAUUAAAGGCUAUGAUCUCCCUGCCCCAGAUGAUGAGUGUGAACUACCAGAAGGAGAAGCAGGGAUUGUAUGGGACGCAAUAUGUUUCACUGUCCUUCUGGUCCAGAGGAGAAUCUUCCAAAGUUACUAUUUCCUCUACGUGGUUUCUGACCUCAAAGCUUCUAAAAUCCUUGCCUCCAGGGGUGCUGAGCUUUUUGAAGCAAAAGUGAAGAAACGUGUGGCAGCCCGACUGGAGAUGGAGAAGAAAUCUGUGGAGGCCCUAAAGAAAGACAUGGAGAAAAUCAAAUCCAAACAGAAAAGUCGUCCACCGAAGGAGAUGUCAACAAACCUAGAACCCAAAGGGAAUCUCCAAGACAACGAUAGUGGGAAAUGGGCGAGACCUUGGGUUUCUCAACCUGGUGUUGGAGAUUCCUGUGGCUAUCAGCUGUUUGAGAGCGACAGUGAAGUAGAGGAGGAGGAGCCACAGGACCAGACAGAGGAGGACACACCUCCUAAGAAAAAGUCAGCUUUCCAGCUUGCAUAUAAGGUGUGGGUGGCUGGUGCAAAAUCUGCUCUGAAGGGCCACAAGAAAGAAGAGUCCAAUCUGAAGAGAGAGGAGAGGCGGCGAGCCCGAAGAGAACUACAGAAGCAGAAAGGACUGGAGAGAGUUGAGUCAAGUGAAGAUGAACUGGAGGAGGAUGAAGAGGAAGAGGAGGAAGCAGAGAACAUAUUCCAGCGGAUCAUCAGCUCCUUGACAUUAGUUUGGGUCUUCCUCCUGUCCCUCAUCGAUGACCUCACAGGAGGACUCCACUCUUUCUGUAAGGACAACCUGGACAUUUCUCGAGUCCUGAAUCAUGAGCGGGCCCUACUGAGCCAACAGCAAAAUAAGGGGAGGAAGGUGACGCACGAGAGCAUCAGGCAGUACUACCAGAACUGGAUGUCCCGCCAGAACACGCAGGCGUCGCUGGACCAGGAUGAGGAGCUGGGAUCUCCCGCCUCCUCUCCACCCCUGCCCCACUCACCCCGAGGGUACAAAAAACUCCAGAGUGUCGGCUCAAAAUUCUCCUGGGGUAGCAGCGUAUCCAGCUGUCUCACUGAUGACACAUUGCUGGGCUCUCGGCAGCCCACGCUGGAGGAUCUGGACGCGCCGCCUCCACCACCGAACACUGGUCUGGAGCUCCGCCGCAAGCUCCUCAAAUCAGCUCGCAUAGACCUGAGCUCUUUUGACAGCGACGAGCCUCCUCCAGCUGUUGUAGAUGGAGAGAGGAAUGCUAUUGAAGAGACUGAUGCUGUUGAAGAUGAUGGUGCUAUUGAAGAGAGUGAUGCUGUUGAAGAGAGUGAUGCUGUUGAAGAGGAUGGUGCUAUUGAAGAGAGUGAUGCUGUUGAAGAGACUGAUGCUGUUGAAGAUGAUGGUGCUAUUGAAGAGAGGAAUGCUAUUGAAGAGACUGAUGCUGUUGAAGAUGAUGGUGCUAUUGAAGAGAGUGAUGCUGUUGAAGAGAGUGAUGCUGUUGAAGAGAGUGAUGCUGUUGAAGAGGAUGGUGCUAUUGAAGAGAGUGAUGCUGUUGAAGAGAAGGAUGCUUCUGGAGAGAGUGAGGCUGUUGAAGGAAGUGAGACUGAAGAGGAGAUCGAUGAGGAACUUGAGGAGCAUGCACAAGAGACCGUGCAGUACCUGGAGUCGUGUGACAAAAAGUCAGAGGAGGACCCGGGUGAAGCCACCCCAGAGCCUGCUCCCCUGAGUGAACAGACACGAGCCCUGACAGCCAGUGAGCUGCUGCUUAAUGAUAUGUUCCAAAACCCAGAGAUUGAGGAGUCCGACAAGUUCUACCAAGUUCUCCCCCGGCCCCUGAGGUUGCUGUUCGCCCUCUACAACACUAUGGUGUCUCAGUCGGAGAUGCUGUGCUAUUUUGUCAUCAUCCUGAACCACAUGGUGUCGGCCGCAAUCUUUUCCCUGGUGCUGCCCAUCCUCAUCUUCCUCUGGGCCAUGAUGUCCGUCCCACGGCCCACCAAACGCUUCUGGAUGACCGCCAUCAUCUACACAGAGCUCAUCGUGUUGGUGAAGUAUUUUUUCCAGUUUGGUUUUUUUCCAUGGACUACAUCGGCUUACCGUGGCAUCAAUGCUGAUCGUCCAUUUGCAGUGCCCAACAUCGUUGGUGUGGAGAAGAAGGAUGGCUAUGUGUUAUUUGACCUGCUGCAACUUCUGGCACUUUUCUUCCAUCGUUCAAUUCUCAAGUGCCAUGGUUUAUGGGACAACAAAGAGGUGGAGAUGCCUGACUUCUUUAAGAAGAUGAAGAAGAAAACUGAAAAGAAAAAGAUGAAUGCAGGAGGAGGAGGAGGAGGAGGAGGAGGAGGAAGGGGGGGUGAAGAUGCCCUGGCCCCUCGGAGACGGCUACCCUUUCUGCCCCUGCAGGCGUCCACCACUUCCUCCUUGUUCAACAGAUUGGGGCGAAGCCAAAGCUCAGAGCAGCCAGAUGGUCAAAAGCCAAAGAAGCGCAAGUCUAAGAAGAAGAGGCAAGUUCCCAAAGUGCAGCUGACCCGCAAACAGAGGAUCCGUCAGCACAUCAGAGAGAGGGCUCUGGUGGUCAAAGCUGCCCUCAUUGAGGUUGGCCUACACAUCUACUUACCCAUCAGACAGUUCUUCUAUGACAUCAUCCAUCCUGAGUACAGUCCUGUGUGUGAUGUAUAUGCCCUGAUGUUCUUGAUUGAUGUCGUCAAUUUCAUAGUCAUCAUUUUUGGCUACGGGGCUUUUGGGAAACACAGUGCAGCAGCGGACAUCACAGAGUCAUUAUCAGAGGACCAGGUCCCAGAGGCCUUCUUGGUGAUGCUACUCAUCCAGUUUGGAACCAUGGUGGUGGAUCGGGCGCUGUACCUCCGCAAGACCCUUUUCGGAAAGUGUGUUUUCCAGGUUUUGCUGGUGUUUGGGAUCCACUUCUGGAUGUUCUUCAUCCUACCUGGAGUGACCGAACGGAGAUUCAAUAGUAACUUUGUUGCCCAGCUGUGGUAUUUUGUCAAGUGCAUCUACUUUGGCCUGUCUGCCUAUCAGAUCAAGUGUGGGUACCCGAACAGAGUUCUGGGGAACUUUCUCACUAAAAACUACAACUACCUAAACCUCUUCCUUUUCCAAGGGUUCCGGAUGGUUCCUUUCCUAACUGAGCUGCGUGCUGUAAUGGACUGGGUCUGGACAGACACGACCCUCAGCCUGUCCAGCUGGAUCUGUGUGGAGGACAUCUAUGCCAACAUCUUUAUCCUCAAGUGCUGGAGGGAGUCAGAGAAGAAAUAUCCACAUGUUCCUGGUCAGAAGAAGAAGAGCUUGGUGAAGUAUGGCAUGGGAGGAUUCGUCAUUUUUACUCUGAUCAGUAUAGUGUGGUUCCCUCUACUCUUCAUGUCAUUGGUGAAAUCUGUGGCUGGAGUCACCAAUCAGCCCUUAGGUGUCUCCAUUCAGCUCAGUAUUGCAGGAUAUGAGCCUCUGUUCUCCAUGACUGCCCAGGAACAGAAUUUAAUACCGUAUUCAGGAGCUGCUUAUAACCGACUGACCAACAAUUACGCCACUUAUCCGUCUGCAAUGCAGUUCUUGGUGGGCUACAUGCCUGAGGACAUUGUGGUGGCACAGAUAAAGAGUGAUGCUAGUCUCCAGUGGAGCAUCAGUCCAGCCAGUAGAGAUGCCAUGAUCCACGAGCUGAGCAACUCCACACAUAUUUACAUCACACUGCGUUGGAUGUUAUUACGGAAUGCCAGCCUUUCCAUGAAUGUUGAGACCGUGGGUGAAUAUACAGUCAAAUAUGAGGACAACAGUCUGAGAGAUGAGAUUGUCAAGAUGUUGAAAGGGAAUCACAGCAAUGUUGUGAUUAUAGAGUCUCUGCUGCCUAAAUAUAUACGAGGGCCCUCAGGACCAGAAGCAAAGAUGGCCAAUCGGCUGAAUGUAGAGCAUUCGGACGAUCCAGAUGACAUUCAGGACUAUGCUUUCUUCCGUCCCUUGGCUAUUAAACUUAAACAGAGUUCCGAGGGGUCACAGCCUGGGCCACAGUGGUGGGUAGUGGAGGAGUGUGCUCCAGCAUAUCCACCAAUGAAAUGCCACAGCAUUCAGCUGGUCAUCUUCAAUGACAAAGUCAGCCCUUCAAGUCUCAACUUUCUUGCAGGAUAUGGGAUCGUGGGUCUCUACAUGUCUGUCGUGCUUGUGAUUGGGAAGUUUGUGCGUGAGUUCUUCAAUGGCAUUUCUCGUUCCAUCAUGUUUGAAGAGCUGCCAUGUGUGGACCGUGUGCUCAAGCUUUGCACGGACAUCUUCGUUGUGCGUGAGACAGGAGAGAUGGAGCUGGAGGAGCAGCUGUUUGAGAAGCUCAUCUUCCUAUACCGCUCACCAGAGACUAUGAUCAAGAUGACCAGGGAAAAGAAAUACAACUAGCACAUUAUAACACUUUUUGUGUUAAAUGUUUUAUAAGCAUUUUUGUUUCCUGAGGUUGUUUACAAUAAUUACAACCAGAACCUCAGGGAGACCGUGAUGUCACAUCUCAGGCAAAGACAUUGUCUACCAGUCUGAUGACCAUAACUAAGUAUUGGGCAUUAACACUGAUUUGAUCCAUCAUAUCUGGUAAAGACAUGACCUUAUAUUUUUUUCCCCAGAUGAAAUGUCAUUUAGCUUAGUUCAAUAUAGCUACCACCUGUACUGCAAAGUGUCUUAUGAAAUGUUGACCUGCUGGAUGUAGGCUAAAACUGCAGUUGCAUGCAUAUCUGCCAAACCUUCACCUGCUACCUCACGAGCAGGUGUUCUUUACCUUGAAUGUGGAGAGGAGGGGGGUAUCUAUUUGUACAGAAAGCCUGAAACACAUUGUGGCCCUUUUUAUGUAAAUAAAAAUGAACUGAAAACUAGAUGUACGUAUGCCACAAUCCCAUAUGUAUUAUGGCUCUACUGAAGUAUCACCAUUAAACUUGAAGGUGAAGUUAAUUCAA